UCUAUAUUGAGAAUGGCACGAUCCGUGGACAACCAAACUAAUUCCCUAAGCUUUGAGCUCGAAAGAGGGAGGAUCAUGGGAUCAUCAUUCCGUCUCUUUAGUUCAAUUUCUCAAAGACAUUCCAGCUUUGGCUCUGAAAGAGACAGAGAUGAUGAGUAUGAGCUGAAGUGGGCAGCAAUUGAGAGGCUAUCCACAGUAAGGAGGAUGAGAACAUCGGUUCUUGAUCAAACUGUAAGUGGUGAUGAAGAACAAAAGGAGAAGAAGGUAGUUGAUGUUGCCAAGCUCGGAGCUCUAGAGAGGCGGUUGUUUGUUGAGAAGCUCAUCAAGCACAUUGAGAAUGACAACCUCCGCCUGUUACAAAAACUAAGAGGAAGGAUAGACAGGGUAAAUGUCAAAUUGCCAACGAUAGAAGUACGAUAUAAGAAUUUGUGUGUGGAAGCAGAAUGUGAAGUAGUCCAAGGGAAGCCUCUACCCACUUUAUGGAAUUCUGUCAAAGGCAUUUUACUGGGUCUCACGAAGGUAACAGGACUGAAAGCUGAAAGAACGAAGAUAAGCAUCCUAAAAGAUAUAAGUGGGAUUAUCAAGCCAUCCAGGAAAUUUUCUUGGACUCUGUAUUACAGGAUGACUCUCCUACUGGGACCUCCAGGAUGUGGAAAAACUACAUUUUUGCUGGCAUUGGCAGGGAAAUUAGACAAGUCUCUAAAGGCUACAGGAGAAAUUUGUUACAAUGGCUUCAAAUUUGAGGAGUUUGUUCCAGAGAAAACAUCAAGUUAUGUAAGCCAACAUGACUUGCACAUCCCUGAGAUGACGGUAAGAGAGACAUUAGAUUUCUCAGCACGGUUCCAAGGUGUUGGAUGUCGGGCAGAAAUUAUGAAGGAAGUCAGUAGAAGGGAGAAACAAGAAGGAAUAAUCCCUGAACCAGACAUAGAUCUAUACAUGAAGGCAAUUUCUAUGGAGGGAUUAGAAAGAAGUCUCCGAACAGAUUAUGUACUAAAGAUAAUGGGAUUGGACAUCUGUGCGGAUACAAUGGUAGGGGAUGCCAUGAGAAGAGGUAUCUCAGGUGGCCAGAAGAAAAGAUUGACUACAGGUGAGAUGAUUGUGGGACCAACCAAAGCUCUAUUUAUGGAUGAAAUAUCAAAUGGACUAGAUAGCUCCACAACAUUCCAAAUUGUUGCUUGUCUUCAGCAGUUAGCUCACAUUACAGAAGCCACUGUGGUCGUUUCACUUCUCCAGCCAGCACCUGAGACCUAUGAUCUCUUUGAUGAUGUCAUCUUGAUGGCGGAAGGCAAGAUUAUAUACCAUGGUCCUCGCAGUGAUACUCUUAAUUUUUUUGAGGAAUGUGGAUUCAAAUGUCCAGAAAGAAAAGGAGAAGCCGAAUUCCUUCAGGAGGUUUUAUCCAGAAAAGAUCAAGAACAGUACUGGUCUCAUUUGCAUAACCAAUAUCGUUAUGUUUCUGUGGAUCAGUUCUGCAACAAGUUCAAAGCAUAUCACAUUGGACAGAGACUUGAUGAGGAGCUAUUAAAGCCAUAUGACAAGUCCCAAAAUCAUAAAAAUGCUUUAUCCUUCAGUAUCUAUUCCUUGCCUAAAUCGGAACUAUUUAAGGCUUGCCUAGCAAGGGAAUUUCUCCUAAUGAAAAGGCAUUCAUUUACAUACAUAUUCAAAACAACCCAGCUUACAAUUAGUGCAAUCAUCACGAUGACUGUUUUCUUGCGUACAACCCUUGGAGUGGAUGUUCUUCAUGCCAAUAACUAUCUGGGUGCACUCUUUUACACACUUCUUAGCAUCAUGUUCAAUGGAUUUCCAGAGUUGGCUUUGUCUGUGUCAAGACUUCCAGUUUUCUAUAAGCAAAGAGAUUUUUACUUCUAUCCUGCAUGGGCUUAUGCAAUUCCAGCUAUUCUCUUAAAAAUCCCUAUUUCCUUGCUAGAAUCCUUAUUGUGGAUAUCUAUUACUUAUUAUACAAUCGGGUACAGUCCGGAGGGAAUAAGGUUCUUACGCCAAUUUGUUCUACUAUUCGUUGUGCAUCAAAUGUCAAUAUCCAUGUUUCGUUUCCUUGCUUCUUACUUCCAAACAAUGGUGACUUCUAUAGUCAGUGCUAACUUGACAUUGUUAAUUGUCCUGGCAUUUGGUGGCUUCAUUAUCCCACAAUCCUACAUACCUGGUUGGCUAAAAUGGGGAUUUUGGAGUUCACCAUUAACGUAUGCAGAGAUAGGUUUUGCAGUAAAUGAAUUCCUUGGACCACGAUGGAAGAUUCCAUCAGCAAAUAGGACUGUAGGACAGCAAGUUUUGACAAGUCGUGGACUGAACUUCAGUGGAAACUUUUACUGGAUAUCAUUGGGUGCAUUAAUUGGAUAUAUUUUACUCUUCAAUAUUGCCUUUACUUUAGCCAUGACUUUCAAAAAACCACCUGGGCGGUCUCGUGCCAUAAUUUCCAGUGAAAAGCUUUCUCAAAUACAGGGAGGAGAUCAUAAUAACACAAUAGACAUGACAAACACUUGCACAUAUUUGUCUAACGGAAGUCCUAAAGAAAGUAAAAGAACUAGGAGAACGGUUUUGCCUUUUAUGCCCCUCAUAGUAACAUUUCAGGAUGUGCAAUACUAUGUAGAUACACCUCUGGAAAUGAAAAAACAAGGGUAUGCAGGGAAAAAACUGCAGCUACUACACAAUAUUACAGGUGCAUUCCAGCCUGGAGUUCUUACAGCACUGAUGGGUGUCAGUGGAGCAGGAAAGACUACACUUAUGGAUGUUCUUUCUGGAAGAAAAACUGGUGGUACAAUUGAGGGGGAAAUAAGAAUUGGUGGAUAUCCUAAGGUACAAGAAACCUUUGCUAGGAUAUCAGGAUACUGUGAGCAGAAUGAUAUACAUUCUCCGCAGGUUACCGUUGAAGAAUCAGUAGUAUAUUCAGCCUGGCUACGGCUUCCAAGUCAAAUUGAUCAAACUAGUAGAUCUGAGUUCAUAAAUGAAGUGCUUGAAAUAAUUGAGCUUGAUGGCAUCAAAGCCUCCUUAGUUGGAAUACCUGGGGUCAGCGGAUUAUCUACUGAGCAGAGGAAACGACUGACUAUUGCUGUAGAACUUGUUGCAAAUCCAUCUAUUAUAUUCAUGGACGAACCCACAUCAGGUUUAGAUGCUAGAGCAGCUGCAAUAGUAAUGCGUGCAGUGAAAAACGUUGUUGGGACAGGACAAACAGUGGUCUGCACCAUUCACCAACCUAGUACUGAUAUUUUUGAGGCAUUUGAUGAGCUAAUUUUAAUGAAAAGGGGAGGUGAACUGAUAUAUGUUGGGCAGUUAGGUCAGCAUUCAUGUGAAGUUAUUGAAUAUUUUGAGGGCAUUACAGGGAUACCAAGGAUAAAGAAAAAUUAUAAUCCAGCAACAUGGAUGUUGGACGUUACCUCUACAUCUGUUGAAGCGCAACUUAAUGUAGAUUUUGCACAAAUAUACAGACAGUCGCCACUAUACAGGAAUAAUCAAGAGCUCGUCAGACAAGUUAGCAAACCACCACCAGAUUCAAGUGAUUUACACUUUCCCACUCAUUUUCCACAAAAUGGAUGGGUGCAGUUCAAAGCUUGCCUGUGGAAACAGUACCUGUCAUACUGGAGAAGUCCUUCAUAUAACUUGACGCGCAUGAUAUUUGUAAUUAUCUCCUCAACUGUAUUUGCAGUUCUGUUCUGGAAGCAUGGGAAGACACUAAACAACCAGCAAGAUCUGUUCAACAUGCUGGGGUUAAUGUACGUUGUCACGAACUUCUUCGGCAUAAACAACGCAUCCUCAGUUUUGACAUUCGUAGCAACUGAACGAACUGUUCUAUACCGUGAGAAAUAUGCAGGAAUGUACUCUCCAUGGGCCUACUCAUUAGCACAGAUGGUAAUUGAGAUUCCUUAUGUAUUCAUCCAAGUAGGAUUAUUUAUGGUCAUCACAUAUCCAACAAUUGGCUAUUAUUGGUCAGCUCAAAAGUUCUUAUGGUUCUUCUUCACCAUGUUCUGCACAUUGCUCACUUAUGUUUACCUAGGAAUGUUGAUUGUUUCAUUGACCCCCAAUGUUCAAGUGGCUUCCAUACUGCAAUCUCCCUGCUAUGGCAUUCUAAAUCUCUUCUCUGGCUUCAUCAUACCAGGCCCAGUAAGUUUUCCUUUCACUUAAUUACAUAUUUCCAUGGAACAAAAUCUCCUUUACCAU